AUGGCGGGACAGAUCACUCUUGCGGAGGCCCUUGGUGAGCGAAAAUGGACGAUGAGUAUCGAGGAACGUGUCUCACACGCUGCAGAGAACAUCCAGUCGAGCAACUCCAAGCAACGAGCCGAAGGACUGGCCGACCUCAAGCACAUCCUCCGUCACAACCAGAACAGCUCCAGGGUCGGUGGAUUGAAAGAAGCUUCAUUCUUCAGCAUCUGUCAGUCGCUGUUCCAAGUUGCCCUCGAUGUGCGCUCCUCGCUGGUCAAGGCAAAGACCCAGGUGACUCGAACGACAUGCACAAAACGCCUCUCCGAAAUCGCCAGUGCGUUGCGGCAGUCGAUUGAAGCGGGUGUUAGAGCCUUGACUUCUAAGAGUGUCAACUCGAUCGUCGACCAUGUCACUGAGACUAUCUUCUACCAAAAUGGCGGUGCUUUCUGUGAGCCAUUGGCUCUGGACUAUGCCAAAUCUCUGCGGGCUGUCUUGACCUACCAACCGCAUGUCGAAGUUCUUGGUCAGCGGUGGGCAACUACUGUCGAUUUUUGCAUCUCUUGCAUCAAGCGAGUUGAGGCCGAUGCACCAACGACCAAUGGAGCUGAACCCACUUCUACCAUGGGGAUGGCGCCUGGGCUCAGCUAUCGAUCUUCUCAUUCGACUUACCGUGACACAGGGUCCCAAGGCUCUCGAUCCAUGCUGAAGCCCAUCUCUGACGAAAUGAUUGCUUGCCUGCGGCUAUUGACCGCAGCUCCUGCCGUGCCCUUGUUAUUGAAAGCGCACGACAUUCUCUGGACGGUCAUUGACAGUCUAAAGUCCUCCUCAGCCGCAACACGGUCUCACCAGAACGCCUUCGCUGCUGUCAACAACGUCUUGACAUGGUCCCGAGCAGAGAGCAUUGGCCUUACACAGGAAGCUACUAGCCAUCUCGUUCGCCUCAUAAGCCAUUUGUGGGCCGCGAAGUCGACCGCCAAGAAUGAGAUGCUCAUCACGCUACUUUUGUUGCGUCCGUACAUCUUUCACGCCAUGCGAACGUCGCAAGCUGUGACUCUGCGAGCAGAUCUUGUUGGAUUGUCCAGUGCUCUCCAAAAUGAGUACUCCCGCCGCCAGGAUGCACGACAGCUGAAUAUGGACGACCUAAGACUGGACGUGGGUCUUCCAAGAGAGAACGACGUCGCCACUGUUCUAUUUAGCCUUCGAUGCACGGAUGAGACUGUCGAAGCUGACUGGACUCUUGUCUUCAUGCUAGCGUCUAUCUACAAUGUUCUGACGAGCAAUAACAAGAGUGGUGGAUCUGCAGGUCAUGACAGUAACAUGGAUCCAGAAGACGAUACGAUCGAGCCUCGACCGAGAAAGCGCGCACGAAUCGACGACGAACUCUCCCAACUAAUCGAUGGAACCUCGCGAGACUCGCCUCAAUCCAGGACCUGUGCCAUCCAGACGAUAUGUUUUCUGGUUCAGCAAAAGUCACUGGCCCCUGAGCAGUUGUCCCAUCUCACGAGCACACUUGCAGCCAGUUGCAGCGAAGACACGGGAAAUGUAUCGUCUUGGGCUUACCUUGCACUGGCUUGUUGCGCCGCGCAAGUCUCUGCGCAAGAUGCUUCACUGUCUGGGCAAUGGGCUUCGAUUUGGCAGCUGUCAUUUCGAGCUUUGAGCAACACGUCGGCAUGUCGAGCAGCAUCACAUGCGCUGCAUUUGAUGCUCGAGCUUCGCCUGGUUCAACAGACUAUGGUGUCGGAACUCGUGCAAACGGUCACUCAUUCAAUCGACCUUGGUGGCCCAAACCUCAUGUCAGAUGCUUCAUCAAGGCUUCUCAGAUCAUGUCUAGAAGCAGCACAGCACAUUAAUCCCGGGACGUCCUCUGCAACCUCUGAUAGCAUCGUCAACUGGCUGUCAAGAAACUUCACUCCCAGCAGGCUUGACGACAAAACUUACGUGGCAUCCUGCCUGACAUAUGAGGCCCACGACGUGUUAGCGCUCGUCUAUUCAUGCGUGAAUCAGUAUACACAUCAGUCCUCGUGGCCGGGACUUCGACACUGGGAUGCUCCAGCCUGCGUGUGGAUCCAUAGCAAUCGCGACUCGCCAAUGCUCUCAUAUCUUCUCCUUGCUCCAGAUGAAGAAGUGGUUGCGAAUGUCGACUCCAUAUUACAAAAGCCGACUGCAUCUGCGACGAAUACUCUGCCGCGAACAACAACAGAGGCAUUGGUUCUGACCCAUCUAGGGGCCGAAAUCUCACGAGUCAACGAGAUGUGGAAGGCGCAAACUAAGAAGCCUUCGACCGAUGCGUUCUCCAUGCUUUGCAAGGCAUCCACUGCCAUGCUCUAUGUUGCGGAAUGUGUAUCAUACCGAGACACUCGCCGGCAAAACUACCUGCAAACACAAGCCAGGUCGUUCUUCGAGGGCAUUUGCGACUAUGUGUCUUCCUCACGCUGCGAAGACCCCAGUGCAGAUGCCCUGCUCUUAACCACUUCGAAGAUGUUCUCCGGGCUUACAGUCUGUUCCGAAAGUCACCCUCCUAGUCCUUCGCAAUGUGAGCAAUUCAUUUGUGAAACGCUAAAAGCCACACUCACGCGCCGGGAAGACGCGAAGCUGGCUAUUGCCGAAGACGACGCAAUGGAGCUUGACGAGCCCAUUGACUCUCAAGACAGUAGAGAAAGCCAGAAUAUCGCCAGCGCAUUGGAGCCUAUGAACGAUCUCGAAGCAGACUUCAGCAAAGCAAGCUUGAGAUCCUGCACUGCUCUUUAUGCAAACAGUCUGAUUGCGCUAAGAGAUGAUGAGAGCGACAACACCGCGAGGGCUUCAUCGACUGCAUUGGAUUAUCUUUUAUCGCAAUCGGAGGUCUUCAUACUAUCGAGUCGCCAAAUCAUCACGAUGUGGCCCAAGCUAGGCCUCAAUCUAGACGCCAACGACGCCGAAGCGCUUUUAGAGCAGUUGAUGAAGCUGGUUAGCAAGUACGCUUUCAAACGUUCUGAAGUAGCUCUCGGCACCGUCCUUGACAUUGCUUCAAGUCUGGUCUCGCUUUUGACGGAUAAGAGUCAGAAGUCUUUGUACGGACUGGGUUUGGACAUCUACGAAUGGUACCUGAAGACAUUCCUUCCGAGCGGGCUACUUUCGCCAAACGUCCAGAAGCGGCUGGCAACCCUGCUACUACAACUCUGUCACUUCGACCUCGAUUACGGACACGAUGAAGACGACGAAUCGCCCACGCCGUCUGCCAGGUCAAGCCUGUGCAAACUCUUCGGUACAGAUAGUAUCGCCAUGCAGUUCUACCUGGCCAGCCGCAUUCCUGAACUCUUUGGCCUAUACGUUCUCUCCUAUCAUGCCAACCUGCUCGAAGAUCUUCUCUCGAGCAUGCAGAAAGAGGUUCUGCUAGUGGAAGCGGGCGCAGUGCGUCUCCUAUUUCUUGCCAAGAUUGCCGCCGCGUGGCCGUCGCUGCUCACGCAAUGCGUAUAUCAUCUUUUCGAGAGCGCAGCCAAAGUACCAGAAUCACGCGACUAUGCGACACGCUGUAUCAAGGUGCUGGCAUCUCAGGUGCCUUCGAAAUCGCCACGCAAAUUGUUCUCGGUCUUUGCACCACAGAUCCUGUACACUUGGCUCGCUAGCAACGAAAAACUGGGCGACGUGCCAUACGCAGCAUUCCAGUACAGCUCUCUUGGAGAUUUUCUCGCGACCAAUUGCAACGAAGUGUGUGCGCAGUUGGUCAUGUGGCAGUCGAUAGAGGGCUUGGAGGUCAUGUCAAAAGCGCUCAAGCUUCUGCGGAGAGACCUGGUCAAGUCAGCCUUGCCCAAAAGCACCGCGUACGCCAUUUGUCAUGAUGUUUCGACACCAACAACAGGUGACAAGUCCAACAGACAGUCCGAAGAGUGUCUGAGAGAGAUCUUGGGAAAAGAGACCAAUUCGUUGAUGUUGCCGCACUAUCCAACAAUCAUGGGCCACUUCUACCUGACAACUCGCCAAGAUGAUCCCCGUGAGACUUGGAUGGAGAAGCGUCCAGGAUACAGCGCAGCUUGGAGCGCUCUACAAGAGAUGAAAUGCUACAGCCAUUCGAAACGUGAAGUGCCGGACGGCCAGCAGCCUCACUUUCGGGGCAAGUACUUACCGGACGAAAUUGAGCGGUUGUGCAGACGCAUCAAUUAUAACCACAGCGAGCCCUGGACUGCAUCAAUGUUCACCUUAGCCGUGCGCAUGCUGGUUGACGCGAUUGACGCCUCCCUGGGAUCCUUACAUGCUUGCCUCAUGAUUCGAAGGCUGAGAGACCUCAUAUGCAUGGCGGGAGACGUUGCUUUCAGCGGAUUUGCAAUUGAGAUGCUCCUCCACUCUCUGCGGCCGUUUGUGAGUGACAGCGAAUGUGCCGACGACACCAUUGGCAUCUUGCAAUAUCUCUUCCAUCACGGACGCCAGUACUUGCGAACGCAACCACUCUUCCUGACGGGCACAUCGAUUCUCCUGAUUCUCCAGAUGCGGGCCCACUCAAACAAGAAGCAAGACCGCACAACUCAGGAAAGCCAACAUACAUCGACUCUCAAGAAGAUGAUGGAGUUUCAGGGGUGGCUGGUAAGGUUUCUGUCCGAUGCUACCGCUGGCCAGCAAAACAGUGCACACACUCUCCUCACAGGUGCGCUCAGCCAAGUACAACUUCCCGGAAAUGCACGCAGAGAUAGCCCUGAGAGCAUUAUUCUGUUGUUCCUCUUGGAGCAGUGGAGAGCCAACCAUCCGUCAUGUUCCCGAAAAGACUCGCUUGAGGCCAUCGGUCUUCUCGGCAUUGAUUUUCAGAAGCCGUCUUCUAAAGCUGACGAUUGUCUCGGCGAUGACGAUGCAGCAGUACGAAAUGCCCAGCAGCUGUGGGAGGUCAUGCAAUCUGGUGGAAUGAGUGACGGUAUCGCCACAUGGGCUGUCCAAGCUCUAGGCCGCGCAUACGCAGCUAGCGGAAGUAGCGCCCGUGCUCUUUCACGUUCUGGACCAUCUGAGCAAGCAACCAUUCUGACAAGAGUCAGCAACGAAGGGAUCUUGUACUCUCAAGCAGUCAUUGCCGAGCGCCUCACCGAGCUCUUGUACUCCAAGCAUAGGACUGAAGCUGGCUUGGCGGACUUCACUUUGCGCAGGAUAUUGGAGACCCCUAUCCAAGAUGCAAAUGAAGCAGGAGAGUUCGAGAAGAUGUUGCCUCCCGAGAUCGAAGAAGCCUUCAUCAGUGGUAGUUACGGAUAUGAGCCUGCGGCCGCGAUGCAAUUCCCGAGUUUCGCCGUUGAUGGUAAUGCCUUACGGAAGGCUCUGGCGACAACAGACGAAGAAACACUCGAGCAGUGGGCAACCAGGUUGGCCGUGACGGUCUGCAACUGGGCUGUUGAUAGCCCAAUCAUCUCUUCGCUGGCUGCCAUGAUUCAGAGCAUCGAUGGUUUGGCGAUCGACCUCCUGCCAAGCAUCGUCCACAUACUGUUGUUCAAAGAGGUCGACAAGAUGCCGACCCUGCGCACAGAGCUAUCAUCAUCCAUUGUUGCCUGUCUGUCUCGCUCGGAAGCGUCACUCAAGCCCAAGCAACGUUUCUUGUUGCAGCUCGUCCUGUACCUGAAGAGUCGACCAUAUCCCAAUGAAGCCACCAAAGCUGACCGACUUCGAUGGCUGGAUCUUGACUACUUGCUUCUGGCUGAGGCUUCAUCGAAGAGCGGCAUGCCUACUACAGCCUUGCUUUUUGCGGAAUCUUCUGCUCCCACCAGCCAUUCCAGCAAGCGGUCGUCUACGCGGGUGUCAACAUCGCAAUUACAGCCCGUGCAAGCAUCGGAAGAUUUGCUGCUCUCCAUAUACCAGCAGCUGGAAGAGCCAGACUCAUUCUACGGUGUGCCUCAACCGGCCUCUCUCGACUCCAUUCUCAAUCGGCUGGACCAUGAACGAGACGGGUUGCGAAGCUUAAUGUUCCGUUCUGCGCAGGUGGACAGUCUAAUGCAGUCGCAGCAUCAGAUUUCAGAGAGAGAUGCCAAUGGUAUGGUCCGAUCACUCUCCGCGCUGAAUUUCAACAGCCUCGCGUACGCGCUGUUGAAUCACGGGUGGGGCAGUACGGCAGGCCCAUCGACUGAGCUCCUAGGCGCCGCGAAGACGCUGCAGCAAUGGGACAUCACACCUCCUGAAACACAUGAAAGCGAUGCGUCGCUCUUGUUUUCCGUGUUCCAAGAGCUGAGUCGUGCCAAUGAUCUGCACGAAGUCCGACGCAAGGUGGAAAAAUCCAUUAUUGAGCAUGCUCAACACGGCGUUCUUGGUCAGAAGUCCGAAUUACCAGAUCGGUCAUGGCUCGCAACUUUAGCUUCUAUCACGGAGAUUGGUGAGCUGUUGAACUGCAUCAGUCCAUCUGAGGUCCAAACGAGAUGGCAGAGCAUGCAGCAGAGACUCGACUGGAUGCAUAUGGCAAGGUUUGACGACGUCAAAGCGGUCUUGUCAAAUCGGCAGACAUUGUUCAGCACCUUGACGCACAAUCCGAGUCUUCAGAAGGCAAUGCAUUUGUCAACCAAGCAAUGUUACAACUUUGAGGUUGGAGCUUUACUGGACUUUUCGAAACUUAGCCGCGAGCACUCAAAGUUACAAGAAGCUCUCACAGCGACGACCAACCUGAGUGCCAUGGUAGACCAGUGCCUUGCCACGAACCUCAAAGUCGAAGCAGCUGUAAAGGUCGAGACUGCUUCUGUGCUUUGGCAGGCUGAAGAAUCGUCCUCGUCGGUAAGGAUGCUCCGAGAUGCGCUCAAUAUGUCCGACAUGGAGGCUCAAGACCUACCCGUCGGCCGUGCUGGACUCUUAGCCCAGCUGGGCCAUCAACUUGGGCAAGCAAGGCUGGAGAAGCCAGAAGACAUUCUUGGCAAAUACCUCAAGCCCGCUAUCAACCACCUCAAAGACAGAAAGGAUGACAAAGAAGCUGGAAAAGUCUUCUACGAGUUCGCCAGGUUCUGCGACAACGAGUAUCAAAACCCAGGCAAUGUGGAGAACUUCCAUCGUAUCAUCAAGCUGCGGCAGGGCAAGCAGGAAGAAGUCGAUGCCAUCAGACUUGCCAUGAAGAACUUGAAAAAGAAUGGCCAGGACAGGACCGACCUCAGUAGGCAACUGGGCAAAGCCGAGAAAUGGCUCGAGAUUGACAAGGCCGAGGAGAAGCGACUCGCAAUUGGGCGCAAAUUCUACAUCCACCAAAGCUUGCAGAACUACCUCUAUGCGCUUCGGGCAACUGACGAGUACGACAUCUGUGUGCUUCGCUUCUUCGCGCUAUGGCUUGAGAAUGCAGAUGACCAAGAAGCAAACGGGGUGGUAUCCAAAUACCUGCCAUCUGUGCCAAGCUGGAAGCUCGUGCUGUUGAUGAAUCAACUCAUGUCACGCGUUGAGAACGAGCCGACCGCCUUUCAAGCAGCUCUGCAGAAGGUUCUUUGCCGCAUCUUCGUACAGCAUCCUCACCACAGCAUGCACCACUUGUUCUCUGCUCAGCAGAAGCCCACAAGUUCUGACCCCGCUGCUGUGUCGAGAUUCCAGGCUGCUUCAACUAUAUUCACUCACAUCUCGAAAGACGCUACGCAUAAGCCACUCAUGGAUCGCAUAUUCACCGCGGAUCGGUAUUAUAAGAUGCUUGCCGAAGAAGUGCCACCAAAUGCGAGAUCAGGCAAAGCGCCAUUGAAGGACUACCCUUCGGCAGUCAGAGUGUCUCGCAAGAUUCAAACGUUGGAUCUACCUCCGGCUACGAUCAGUCUUCCUUUACGGCCCAGCGGUGACUACAGCGAUACCCCGACUGUGGUCAAAUGGGAGGAGAAGCUGACCAUCAUGAAUGGUCUCAGCGCGCCCAAGACGUUGACUGCGAUCGCUUCAGACGGCAAAGAAUACAAGCAACUUUUCAAGAGUGGUGAUGAUGAUUUACGUCAAGAUGCUAUCAUGGAGCAGGUGUUUGAGGAGGUCAGCAAGAUGCUGAGGAACCACAAGGCCACGCGGCAACGAGAUCUGAAGGUUCGCACGUACAAGGUGAUUCCACUGACUACGGGAUGCGGAAUCAUUGAGUUUGUACCAAACUCAAUACCGUUCAACGACUGGUUGAGGCCGGCUCACAAGCGAUACCAUCCACAAGAUUACAACGAUCAGAGAGCAAGGGACGUCGUCAAUGCCGCCAAGGAUGGGUCGGUUGAACAUCGAGUCAAGGAGUUCCGCAAAGUCUGCGAUCGCCUCCACCCUGUUCUACGACACUUCUUCUUCGAGCUAUUCGAUGACCCCGACGAGUGGUUUGAGAAGCGUACCAACUACUCGCGCACUACCGCCAGCAUAUCGAUACUCGGCUAUAUUCUGGGGCUGGGGGAUCGACACUGCAGCAAUAUCCUCCUCGACCAGCAGACCGGAGAGUGCGUUCACAUCGAUCUUGGCGUUGCUUUCGAAGCUGGUCGGAUUCUCCCUAUUCCUGAGAUGGUUCCAUUCCGGCUCACUCGCGACGUUAUGGACGGCAUGGGUGCAACCGGAACCGAGGGCGUGUUCCGGCGAUGUUGCGAAUUCACGCUCGACGCUGUUCGUGACGACAAAGACAGCAUCAUGACUUUACUCAACGUGCUUCGAUACGAUCCCUUAUACAACUGGACAUUAUCCCCAGUCCGAGCCAAGCGCAUGCAGGAAGCGCAGGACACGGGCCGCAAUGGCGUUGCGGCGGAUCAACAAGGCUCUUCCAAGAGACGGGAGCAAGAGGCGGGCGAGGCAGAUAGAUCGCUUUCGAUUGUGGAGAAGAAGUUGUCGAAGACGCUCAGCACAGCUGCUACUGUCAAUGAAUUGAUUCAGCAGGCAACUGAUGAGAGGCAUUUAGCGACGCUGUUCUCCGGGUGGGCUGCUUACUUUUAG